UCGGGCUCCGCCCCAACAAUAUCUUCUCUGGCUCGUGCUUACGAUAUCUCUUUUCUCAAUAUUUCGCGAGAUAUUUCGACUUAUAUUUAUCGCGAUCUAGAGUCUCAAUUCAUUGACGAAGCAGGGAGAUUCAAAACAUGGGCUCUGAAUAUUGGGGCUUUGCAGAGGCCGCAGUCGGCAAGUUCACUUGACUCAAGGCUAAGGACAGCAAACCGCAUGAGAGAAAACUUGUUUUCGUUGCUUCAGCGUCUCAGUAACGCUCUCGCAAGAGUAAACGGCAUUGUCCUGGGAGAUCUACCCAACAGGACGAACAGUCCAGCCACCGAGGAAGACCUCGUGGGGCGCUCUUUAAACUUGCUCAGUGGCGGGGGCAUCUAUGAUUGCGGUUCAACAAUAGAGAUUGUCGAAUUAUUCCGCAACAUACGAUCUUGCAUCACAAACCUUUUCUGCUUUUCCACCAUGCUCCGUCGAGACCAUCCAAGGGGACGUGGCCCCCAACCAGGAUCGCAAAACCCCCAAUCAGACCCCCAGCCCUAUACAUGCAAAGGACAAAUUUCCGAACCUCAAGCUUUACCCUUGGCUAGCAGAAAGAAUAGGCAUGAGAACGGCUAGCCAGAUCGAUAACAUUCGUUAUCGCCAAAAUCAUCGAAGAAAAUUGGCACGAAUCGACGACGAGCGACCAAGGGAUGAGCUGGCUGAACGGGCUACGACGAAGGCAACGUCGGUCCGGGAAAUGCUCGUCAUGCUCGAGACUACGGCACACUCGGGCUUGGUCCCAUCUCCCCAGGGAAGUGUCUACACUGUCGCAACUUCAUUCGCCAACACAGUCGUUGAGGGUGACCAGUUGGGUCGCGCCAUCCCGCAACUGACGGAUAUGUGGCUUGGCGGCAAACAGUUGGGCUAUAAUGAGCCGAUCGAAUGCCCUUAUUGUCGCACAAUCCAGAUAAU